CCCGCAAGAGUAAAAUGAAUUACAGAAUCGAGUGGAUGGUUUGGUAAUCACGUACUGAGACACGCUGCAUAUAGAAACCGGGGUAUUGGUGAUUCCAGAAUCUAGCUACCACACAGAGGGAUCGGAAAAUGGAACUUGACAAUCUGGCUGAAGUCAAGAAAAAAUUAAACGAGACUUACAACUACGGUGUCAAUGUUAUAGACACGGACAUCAAAGGGAACGAGGAGGAAAGUGAAAGAGAACCUACAUGGAAGAGUGCAUUUGCUACAUUCAGCACCGUGACCACUUUCCAUGGAGUUGGGAAGAUAGUUGAAGACACGCCUUUUAUGCUGAGAAGAGUUAUAUGGAUUUUUCUGGUAUUGCUUGGGGCUGGUCUGUUUCUAAUGCAACUGAUAGGGUGCGUCGUAUACUAUCGCUCUUGGCCGGUCACGGUCAACGUCAAAAUCAACUAUGCUGACAAAAUUAACUUUCCUGCCGUUACAAUAUGCAACCUGAACGCAUUCAAGAUGUCUAAGGCAGCAGAAAAUGGCCACUACGAAAUAAUAAACGAACUUUACUCGAGUGGGCUCUCUGGGAAUCACACAGACAGAACCGGAAAUGGCACGAUAGAGGACUUAUUCCAACUAAAUGCACAUACCAAAGAAGAUAUGAUAUUAAGUUGCCGCUGGAAUAACGGUAUCUGUUCCAAUUCCGAUUUCGAGAAAAUUCAAACAGAUCAUGGAAUUUGUUUCACUUUCAAUGGAGGAAAUAAACCCGUUAAAACAACAGCUCAGACCGGCGCUGAACACGGCCUUAGGCUGACAAUCAACAUAGAACAGUAUGAGUACAUGAGCGGUCCAUUUGGUUCUGCUGGCCUCAAGGUUCUCUUACACGAGCAGCACGAGGUCCCCUUGGUGCGGGAUUUGGGGCAAGCCAUACCACCCGAAUCACACGCCUUCGUGGGAAUGUCUGUUAUUAAGGUGGAGAACCUGAUCCCUCCGCAUGGUAAAUGUGGCAGUCGUGAGCUGAGGUAUUAUGACUAUUAUUCAGUUCCAGCCUGUGAUCUGGACUGUGAGGCAAGACACGUGGUAGAACAAUGUGGUUGCCGCGACUUUUACAUGCCGGAGAUAUAUACAGGGCACCCUUCUGUAUGUAAUCUGUCAACUUACGCCACUUGCUUGAGACCCAGUUUAGAAACGUACGAACGCAGUGCUGAGGCGUGUCCGUGUCCAGUACCCUGUAAUAGAACGCUGUUCGACACGACGACCACAUACGCCACUAUUUCUAAUUUCAAUACCGAAACCUGGCUGAGAAGUGAAGGCUUACAGCUGCUUCAAAAGAAAUACGUCAAAGCAAGAGAAAUUCGACAAAAGGUUGAUCAAGCCAUACGCACGGACGACGAGGCUAAAUUUAAAGAUUUGUUGGAGAAAUAUGAAGAUAUACUUCGCUUUUUCGAUAACAUAACAAUUAUUCUCAAAACAGUCAAAUCUUCCAUAAGUACUAUGACGGAAGAACUGAAACCAAGAAUUGCUUUUCACAGUAACUGGGGACUAGAGUCUAGCGUUUUCACAUAUCAUAAUGAUUUUAUCAGAGGGUGGAAUGUGAUGGAUGAAAGGACGUUCUCUCAUGUGACAACAGGUUUUUUCCAAACUCCUGAUCUUUUCAAGCACAUGAUGGACUGUGCGCGUUCCUCUGACCAUAACGACACCUGCUUUCGCCCCGCUGUUUUUCACAUAGUUGACAUGAACUUGUUAACAAAACUUAGCUUGGCAAACAGGGCACGUGCCAAUUUAACAAAAGUUUACGAGGCUUACAUUAAUGGGACCCCUCUUCUGACCUUUUUGCGGACCCCUGAGCGGCAUUAUGAUAUGACAUAUGUUUCGUUGUAUUUGUUACAUCAUGAUCUGAAGAACACUCGUGAACAUUUUGAAUACAUAAUGAGAUACUUAGGAUUAUAUAUACAAUCACUGCACAAUUUGCGUCUCGUAGCAAAGCAAAUAUUUGAAAAUGGAACCCACAAUGAGACUUUGUAUCAAACUAGUAUCGAUACUUUUAUUUCAAUGAGUAAGAAAUUUCUUUAUCAGAAGUACAUGAUUUAUGAUCGAAUUGUUGCUAAACCAAAGGAAAUGUUGGAAAACAUAGUGCAAACAUUUAAUGCAUAUAACGAAACUUUGCAUACAACAAUGGCUAACGUCCUAUGGCCAAUAGACCAGCUCUUACAAGAUAUGAGUUCUCUGCGAAAGACAGCCGUCAAAACUUUGCGACAAUCCAUCGACAAAGCGCAACAUUACACCAAACACGACAACAUUACUAAGACAGAAGUGGCCGUGUCGUUUACCUCGCCAGCUGUCGAAGAAGAAUUACUGAAUAUGCAACGAUUCUUCGGGGCCGCGCGGUCUAGAGGCAGAGAAUUGCUUGACAGCCUCCAUCAAUAUCAAUUUGCGCACACUGCAAUGUGGCAGAACAUGAUGGAUGAAGUUAUUCUGGAUAAUUUUUAUCAGAAGAUACACCAAGAUGUUCGUGAUAUUUUUUCAAACACUUCAGAUAGUGCCUAUCUGCUCGACAUUGUCCGGAGAAUGCUACACUACCCACGGGGUUCGUUAGACAAUAUCUCCAUGCCGGAGCUUCAAGUUCUAACGAAUGCAGAUUUUGCAGAAAUAGACAUGCAGAACAAAUCAGCAGAAAUUGACAUAAAACUUGGGAGACUAAUACAACAAGCUGACCUUGACAUGUCACUUGGCAAUAAAGAUGAACUUUUCCUAUCUGCUUUUAUCAAACUGCAAGAGCAACUGGGCUCGUUUCACAGGAAGAACACAAUUGACGCAACCUUCUUUAUGGAAAAUUUUCUUCAGCUUGAUGUUUUUCUGAAAGAGUUAAGCUACGAGGAGAUCAAGCAGCAAAUAGCUUAUGACACUAACAGCUUGUGGAGUGACAUCGGUGGAUCCUUAGGACUAUUUGUUGGGGCCAGCUUAAUAACUUUGCUUGAAUUUGUGGACGUUAUCAUUCAUACGCUAUUGCUGAAAAGAAGGAUAAGAAACAAGAAGAGACACUAA